AUGUUUUAUACCGGUGGACUUCCGUUUAACUUUGCAAGGAAUCCAUAUUAUCGUAAUUCCUACGCAUAUGCUGCUGCAAAUAGCAUUCAGGGUUAUGUUCCUCCUGGAUACAAUGCCUUGAGAACAACAUUUUUGCAAAAAGAAAGAGCUUAUGUUGAAAGACUUUUGAAACUAAUUAAGGACUUUUGGCUUGAAAAUGGUGUAAGUAUAAUUUUUGAUGGAUGGUCAGAUCCACAAAUAAGGCCUCUUAUUAAUAUUAUGAUUGUAUCAGAUGGGGGUCUAGUGCUUAUAAAGGCAAUUGAUGGGUCAGGUGAGUUCAAAGACAAACAUUAUAUUGAUGGGGUGUUGAAGGAUGCUAUAAAAGAGAUUGGACAUGAAAAAGUUGUCCAAGUCAUCACUGAUAAUGCUAGUGUGAUGAAGUCUGCUGGAGCUCUUAUUGAAGGUGAGUAUCCUAAAAUAUUUUGGAUACCCUGUGUUGUCCAUACUCUCAAUCUAGUUUUGAAGAAUAUUUGUGCAGUAAAAAACACUGAAAAGAAUGAAGUUACAUAUGAGGAAUGUAGUUGGAUUACAUGUAUUGCUGAUGAUGCAUCCUUCAUACGUGUUUUUAUCAUGAACCAUUCAAUGAGGUUGGCAAUGUUUAAUGAAUUUUUUCCAUUAAAACUUCUCCAAGUUGCUGAUACUAGAUUUGCUUUGGUUGUUGUAAUGCUAAAAAGGUUGAAGUUGAUAAAAAUAUGCCUUCAAGCCAUGGCUAUUAGUGACCAAUGGGCUUCUUAUAGGGAGGAUGAUGUUGGAAAAGCUCAAAAGGUGAAAGAUAUGAUUCUAAGUGAUCUUUGGUGGGAUAAAAUUGAUUAUAUCCUUAAAUUCACAGCACCUAUUUACGAUAUGCUAUGA